AUGGAGGCUCUUAACAUGCACUUCGAGCUGCUCGUUGCUGAGAAGGACUUCACUAUGGCCGAGGUAGAGCGGCUACGCGAGGAAGAGCAUUCACUCGAGGACAACCCGAACCUAUGUCACGUCCGAGAUGCGCUGAUACAGUGCGCUACGGAGUACAACCAGCUUGACGAGAAGAUAGAGGAGGACAUGCAAGUGGCUCUUGUCGAUGUACAAGUACUAUCGGGCGACGUGCGCAAGGUAACCAAGGAUUUGCGCAAGCUGCAAAAGAGCAUCGAUGCAGUGGAGACUACCAGAAAAAUCAUUCUUUCCUCGUUCGAGCAGUUCUUCGAGGAAGCCAACGCUAUGAUACGCGACUGGAAGGCGGAACAGUCCCUCCAAUCCAGUGACACUCGAGCUACGAACAAUUGA